CGACGUUAUCGCUUACGGGAUCAACAAGAACAAAAACAACUGAAGUUGACUCACGUUAAACUCAGAUAUAAAUUUUCGAAUUCCUGGCUGUUUGAAUUUAGUACUCUUUUGCAUGAACAAAAUUUGAAUCGUUGAACUAUUGUUUUAUUGGUACAGUAGAGUGAAAAGCUUUAAAUCGUAAAAAUGUCUACAGCAACGAGUUCUGAUCCUUAUUUUUCACUUGGAGAGCAUACUCUUCUGGUACCCAUGGAUCUUCAUACCCAAAACAGAAAAAGACAAUGCGAUUUCUUGAAAAAGUCAUCUACUUAUGAAAACGCUAUUAUUGUAUUGCAAGGUGGAGAGUCGUGUACUCACCAUUGCUCAGAUAGAGAACAUCUAUUUCGACAGGAAUCAUACUUUCAUUGGGCAUUUGGUGUGAUUGAACCAGACUUUUAUGGGGCAAUUGAAGUUCAGAAUAAUCGCUCUCAUCUGUUUGUUCCAAAAUUACCAGACGAAUAUGCAAUUUGGAUGGGCAAGCUCAAUUCUUUGGACUAUUUCAAGCAGAGGUAUGCUGUUGAUGAAGUUCAUUAUAUUUCAGAUAUUGCUAGUGUGAUGUUCAGUUUACAACCAGAAGUGCUAUUGACAUUGCAUGGUGUGAAUACUGAUAGUGGCAAAGAAACUCAGGAAGCUGUAUUUGAAGGAAUUGCAGACUUCAGAGUUGACAAUAAAGUUCUACAUCCAGCAAUGGCAGAAUGCCGAGUUUUCAAGUCUCCAUUGGAAAUUGAAAUCAUCCGUUACGCAAAUCGAAUUAGUAGUGAAGCGCAUAAAGAAGUAAUGCGGCGAAUUAGACCUGGAAUGAAGGAGUAUCAGCUAGAAAGCAUAUUUCUGCAUUAUUGUUAUUACAUGGGUGGAUGUCGUAAUGUGUCAUAUACAUGCAUAUGUGGAAGUGGUGAAAAUGGAGCAGUUUUACAUUAUGGUCAUGCAGGAGCUCCUAACGAUAAGACUAUUGAAGAUGGUGAUAUGUGCCUUUAUGAUAUGGGAGCAGAAUAUUAUUGUUAUACAUCUGAUAUAACUUGCUCUUUCCCUGCCAAUGGAAAAUUUACAGACCAUCAGAAAUUGAUCUAUAAUGCAGUACUUAAAUCAAGCAGAGCAGUCAUGACUGAAGCUAAACCAGGAGUCAGUUGGACAGACAUGCAUAAAUUAGCUGACAGAGUACAUCUUGAAGAACUCAAGAAGGCUGGUUUAUUACAAGGAGAUAUAGAAGAAAUGAUGGCAAAGCGCCUUGGAGCUAUUUUUAUGCCUCAUGGUCUUGGGCACUUUAUGGGUUGUGAUGUGCAUGAUGUUGGAGGUUAUCUUGAGAAUUGUCCACCUCGUCCAAGUGAACCUGGAUUAAAAUGCUUGAGAACAGCAAGAAGACUUGAAAAGGGAAUGGUGUUGACAAUUGAACCUGGAAUAUAUUUUAUUGAUGCUCUAUUGAAUGCUGCUUUUGAAGACCCUGAAAAAUCUAAGCACUUAGUGAGAGAUAAAAUUGAACAAUUCCGUAACUUUGGAGGGGUUCGAAUUGAGGAUGAUGUUUUGGUCACAGAUGAGGGUGUGGAAAACCUUACAUUAGUUCCACGAACAGUUGAAGAAAUUGAAGAUCUUAUGGCAGAAGGACAACAAACGCCUUCGACAUUCCCCCAGCAAAUGUGUGGAUAGAGAUCACAAGAAUAAACAGCAAUAGAAAUUUUAUUUUAGCAAAAUAUUAACAAAAAACAAUAUUUUUUCACAUGUGUAUGUAUAUAUAUAUAUAAUAACAAAAUAAUUUCUCGUGAACAUUUUUGUAAUGUAUGAUUAGAUAUAUCUGCUCAUAAUGAAAUUGCAUUUUAAAGAAAAUAUUCAUUUUAAAUUGCAUCACAGCAAGCAAAAUAGUUCUUAGUAGCAUGUUUACUUUUCAAAAUCUUUCAUUAAACAGCAAAAUUUUCAAGCUACUAAACAAUACUAACGAAUCAUGGAUUGGUUCUAAAUAUUU